GCGUUACCUCCAGUGCUGUUACUGCGUUAUUUACUUUCAACUUCCUCUUUGCAUUCCUAUCCAGUUUUUCUAACAAAAGAUCCGAUUUUCGAAAAAAAAACGCUUUUUUUUUAAUUAAUAAAUAGUUGGCAAAGAAAUGAACCGGAGCGUGUCGGAGGCCCGUAUCGUUUUUUGAUCCCUUUCGUUUCGGAAAAGAGGCGCAAUGGAAGAAGGCGACUUGUCCUGCCCGUCAAAGAGCUGUGUACUGAUAAACGACCGGGUUUUCAGAAAUUCCAGACCGAGUCACAACUGAGAGUUCACGCGAGAAAGCACGACAUGAUACUCACGCUCAACAAAGGCAACGUAUCAACAAUUGACCAGACGCCGACGCCGACCCGGUUUAUAAGGAACUGUGAAGAAAUUGGCCUUUUCCAGGACUUACAGAAUGUAAACCCGUUCGAGGAGACGUUCAGGAAAGCAGCCGAGAACGUUAAGAAAGGUGGAUCUCAUAGGAGUGAAUCGCCGUCCUUCUUGAGCAAACCCGCUGGCGAUGACCUUCACACUCCCCAUUUGUUUCCUGAAGUCCAGCAAGAAAUAACAAUUAAUAAUGAAAAUGAAUGCAGUGAAGAAGUCGUCAUAAGGUCAGAAGCUGACACUUCUUUAAAGCCGAUUACUCCACAGCCCUCACCUCCAACUCUUGAAGGGCAAAAGAACGAAAGCAACGAAGACCCCGUCCAGGUCAUCUUAAAGCUUCCGAGCGGCGGUUUUAUACAAUUGUCGACAAAACCGUUGCAAGCCAUACCAGUGAAUAAUUCAGUCUCUUUGUUGCCUUCACUCAAAGCGAACAAUAGCACGGUGAUACUCACCCCGACAACAGAAGUGAUUCAGGAACUAACGCAGACCAAGCCUGUAAUCCAAAACAGCCCUGAUGUUAAAUCGAAGCUCAAAGCUUUUCUCGGAGGAUCGACAAAAGCACCAGCUAAUUUUAACAUAUCACCAGAUUCGAAAUCAUCAAAUUCAAAACCCUCCCGUCAGAAAAGAAACUCAAGCCCUAGUUUGAAGAAAAUUGUGUCGGAAUCCGUAGAAGACGAUGCUUUGAGAGAAAAAAGGCAAAAAGUCCUCGAAAGGAACAGGGAAGCUGCUUACCGAUGUCGUGCCAAGAGAAAGAAGUGGGUCGAGGAACUGGUCCGAAGGGCAGAUCAGAUGUCAAAUGCGAACCGUGCACUCAUCCAUGAAGUAUCCUCGCUUAAAGAAGAAGUCGCCAGGCUCAAGGGUCUACUGCUGGCCCAUGCCAAUUGUCCCAUUACGCUAGCAGCUAAUGCACAGUUGGAGUUCACGGCACAUAAAACGGCUAUGAAUUUGAAUCGUGAAAGGCUGACUCUGAGCCUGGAGAAAGCGGCUGAAAAUGAAAUCAUGGAUUUGGAUUCGCCAUCCCUGGUCGUUAAGAAGGACGAGGUCCUCUCCGCGGCUGCACCACCUUCGACACCCGAUGAAAGGAUAGUCACAUUCCCCGAACUCGACAGAGAUGACUUGACAGAAGUAUCUCUUGAAGACAAGUUAGCCUCAUCAUCAAUCGGAACGACGGUCAUACAAAUAAACCCCAACGUCCUCAAGAACCACAGCUUCAGUUAACAUCAAACCAACAGCCCAUUCGAUCAAGACUACAAUGGGGAACUAUUCUGUUUUAUAAAUAUCUAAUGACUUUUCUAUCAAUUUUAAUUUUCUGUUUAUUAAGCCAAAUUUCUUUAAUUGUUUAAGAACAAUUUUUUUUUAUACAAUUUAAGUGAAAUGAGGAGAAAGUUUUUAUUUGUUUCAUCGUAUUACAGUGGAGUCCCACUAGUUCGAUCAAGUUUAGAUCGAGAUUUGCAGAAAUUUCGAUUAACCAAAUAACUAGUUGUUAAGACAUAUAAACUGGAAGUUUGGAAAAAAUCUGGACAAGGAUGAAAGUGUUUGGACUUUAAUUCUCACUAGUUUAGUACGUCUGAUAAUUUAAACUUCUCGCCAUCUUCAGUUUUUAAUAUUAAUCUUGAGAAGCCGAAAUGCGUCUGACAUGCUAAACCAGCAAUGGCUCAUCAAAUAUUUGGAAUCGACCAAACUAAAGGCCCAUUGCAACACAAAUGUCAGGGUGAAAUCUUACAAUUUAAAAGUGAAAGUGCAACAAAAUCGGGCCAGUGUUUUCAUUUUUAAUAAUUUUUCUUAUAUUAGCCAAAGUAUGUUCCUGGAGUUAAUAAUUUUUUUGGGGGGGGAUCGAAUCGAUAACUUUUUGAGUCAAGAGUUAAUUUAACCCAGCUACCGCCGUCCCCAGUCCAGAGUUAAAAUUGGGAAAUACCACAAUAACUGACCAUUAAUACUGUUUAUAUAAAAGUGAAAAAUACAAAAAUUUUCUUAGCCAACUGAAAGCAGGGUUUAGAUAAGCGGGACUCCUCUGGACGUUAUUUUAUUUAUUUUAAUGCUUUAUCCAAAGAAUAACUUAUAAUCAAAAAACCCGUGAAAGUAGAAUUAACUUCCAUAAAUUUCGUCUCAUCACAGUUACAAGAAUUUUUUUAUAUGUUCUCUCUCUGUACAGCUAGUGGCCCAAUUUCUCC